AUGAGCUUCAACAUAACUUCCGACGGGUCCCCCACACCCCGCAAGGGCCCCAAUCGAUUCUCUAAGGCCGGUGAUCUCAGGAUUGAUACCUCACCAGAGGUUCUGGGUCAGGCGGUAGGCAGCAUGAGCCUGCACCAAUACCCAUAUGCCUUCCAACGUGCGUUUGGCUCAUCGUUGACAUGCAAUACACAGGGCAUGAAGCGACCACUCGGUUCUUCUACCCUGGGUAAUCAAGCGCCUAUGCUGCAGCAGCACGACUCAUUCGACGGCUAUAAGAAGCCCAAGAUGGGAGCUCACGAGGAGUCAGCGGUCAUGGACUCGCUCUUGCAGCGCCUGAAUGGACGCUCCCCUCCGCACGACCCAUAUAGCUCCUCCAACGGAUCAAUUCCCAUCACACCAGCCACCGACGACUUCGCAUCUACUCCAUCGACGGAGUUGGACAGCUCGAUCAUCCUCGUCGAGGCUUGCGAGCUGCAAAAGCUUAAGUUAGAGCUACAAGAGGCCCGUAACGAAGUCAACCGCGUCAACCAGGAGAUGCACAGCCAUCAUGUGGCCCGGUCGACCAUGGAGCACCUGAGCCAAUCGUCAGAGGCUGAUUAUAGCUAUCCGGGUGAUGUCACUGAGCAGACCCUUACCAGCUUGCAGAACAAGUUCAAUGCUUCCACUCGAAGCAACUACGGUUGGGGCAAUGAGCCUGCUUGUCCAGCCUAUACCAGCAACAACAGCUUCGGCAACUCAUACCAGCCCCAGACGCAGCCUCAGCCCCAGCCUCAGGCCCGUCCACAACCCACUCAGUCAGGCUACCGUCGCAAUGGUUUCCUGAACGAGCCCAUUCACUUCCCUCUCGACCAGAGCUUCCGCAGCAGUGGGAUGUCCAACAGCUUCAAUGCCGGCAUGGGUAAUGGCAUGCCCAACCCCAUGAACAACAACUUCAACGGUAUGAGCAUGGGCAUGGGCAACGGACUGAGUAACCCGCCUAGCCGCCCUGGCUCGGCCUUCGACCCGAGUUACAAUCAGUACGCUAUGCCACCCAUGUAUCCGAUAGGCCACCCGGCUCCGAUCGGCACUAUGGCCAGCAGAUUGUCGCCAGAUGCGAACGAGUUUAACGUAGCCAAUGGCAUGGGACCGUCUCCAUGGAACUCUCAGGCUCCGAGUGAAGCGGGUACUUCACAGUACGUGCCCCCUGUUGAGCCCAUGAACUAUCGUCGUCUACUGGACCGAAACAUGAGCUGCAACUGGAAGUACAUCGUCGAUAAGAUCAUCUGCAACAACGACCAGCAGGCUUCCAUCUUUCUUCAGCAGAAGCUCAAGGUAGGCACACCGGAGCAGAAGUAUGAGAUUGUGGAGGCAAUCAUCUCUCAAGCCUAUGCAUUGAUGGUCAACCGCUUCGGCAACUUCCUUGUACAGCGUUGCUUUGAGCAUGGUACGCACGAUCAAGUCAUCGCAAUCGCCCAAGCCAUUCGCGGCAAUACCCUCGCCUUGAGUAUGGAUGCAUUUGGCUGCCAUGUCAUCCAGAAGGCCUUCGACUGCGUCCCGGAAGAGUACAAAGCGACCAUGGUCCACGAAUUGCUUCGCCGAAUUCCAGAGACUGUCAUCCACCGCUACGCUUGCCACGUCUGGCAGAAGCUCUUUGAGCUCCGUUGGAGUGACUCUCCGCCUCAGAUCAUGCGCUACGUCAACGAAGCUCUACGAGGCAUGUGGCAUGAAGUCGCAUUGGGCGAGACGGGUAGUCUGGUCGUACAGAACAUCUUUGAGAACUGUCUUGAAGAAGACAAGCGUCCCUGCAUCAACGAGGUGCUCGCCAGCAUCGAUGUCAUUGCCCACGGCCAAUUCGGCAACUGGUGCAUCCAGCAUAUCUGUGAGCAUGGUGCACCCGCCGACCGUAGUCGUGCUAUCGAUCACAUCCUCCGCUUCAGUACAGAGUACAGCAUGGACCAGUAUGCUUCUAAGGUUAUCGAGAAGUGCCUGAAAAUCGGUGGCAACGAGUUCCUGGACCGGUACCUGGACCGGGUAUGCGAAGCUCGCCCUGAUCGCCCACGCAUGCCUCUUAUUGAUAUCGCUGGUGAUCAGUUCGGCAACUAUCUCAUCCAGUAUGUCUUGACCAACAGUGGUACCCAGCAUCGCGAACUCGUUGGCGGCCACAUCCGUAAGCACAUGGUCUCUCUCCGCGGUUCUAAGUACGGCUCUCGUGUCGCCAUGCUCUGUUGCAACCCUGCCCUUGCGACGCGCCCAGGACCUCCGGCAGGCAUGCUUCCCCGCUAUGGCAACCCCGCACCGCGCCCCAGUUUUGGCGCAUUCCGUUGA